GUGUGUUGUACUACUGCAUAAAUAGACAUGAUGUACGAUUAUCAUCAUCUUUAAAUGCUUCCAAAGAACAGGAAAAAAAAUCAUCAUCUUUAUUGAAACUACAUUUCUGUGGAGGUUAAAGUCUGGUCUUAAAAUCUGCGGAACUUCUUCUGCUCUACCACCAUUGUUACUAUCUCAUUUCUACUGUUCCUUUUCUUCUCUUUUUUUUUUUUCUUUCUGGAGAAGAAAUUUUCUAAAAAAUUCCAGGUAAUUAUGGUUCGGGGUCGUCCCAGAAAAUUUAAUCAAAACCCAGUGUUAGAUUUCCGUUCAAUCACUGAUGAUGCUUGGUAUACGGUGGAUAGACUAGUUUUCUGCAAGAAAAAUAACACCCUUACCAUAAGAUUCAUGGGGUUCGAUAAUAAAGAUGAUGAUGAGGAACUUAGUGUCGAAGAUUUCAAAACUUUGAAAGAAUUAGAUGAAUUUGUGGACAGAUUUCGUCCAGCUUGUGUUCAGUUGCAGGAUGGAGAGUGUUAUGAUAUGAGACGUGGAUCGUAUGUUUGUGCAGUAUUUGAUCCAAGUGAAGAGAAUCACAAGCUUUACAACGCUGUUAUUGAAUCGAUAGAACGUGAACCUCACAGACGCGAAGGAGGAGAAGCGUGUUGUUCUUGUAUAUAUGUGGUUGGUUGGCUAGAAGGUCCAAACGCAAGGUGUACCGAACAGAUGGGGAUCAAACGUAUUUAUAAACUUCAACCAGGAUCCCCAUUAUUUGAUCAAACGCUUGCAUGUUUCGUGACGACGGCACGAGCACAACUAACUUGAAGACAACAACGAAGCAAUUUUACAUAUCAGACGAAGGGGGUUUAAAAGACUUCAUAAUUGUUAUUUCUGUAGCACCAUGUAGGAGUCAAGAAAUCAUUUAUCUCGAGGAAAAUCUGGAACCAUUUCUUGAAUACAAGUCAAUUUGCUCAACUAAUAGGUGCCCAUUGUUUUCAUCUUCACUGGAAAGAAACAAGUCUUGGUAAUUAUGGUAAAAACAGUCAUUUGUUAAGUGGACCUAGACAUUAAUACAUGCAGUUAAGGUACCUUAGUUCCCUUUACUACUUUGCUUUCAUUUUCUUGAAACUCCUUGGGAAAUUUAGUCCUUAUCUUUAUUAAAUUUGGGAGUUGUUGAAAAUACUGAAGCAUGUAAUCAAUAUUCAUUAAACUACAUGUAAUGGACUUCUUCUGUUCGAAGAAGAAUAGUUACUUAUGCAGUGAUUUGGGUCCUCUCGAAAGAAAGGAACGAGUUUGCUUUCUCAGGUAGGAAGAAGAAGGUUGAGGAACUCAUUCAAGACAUUAAACUUACUGAUUGGAUCUUUUUCUAAAGUUUGCAAUGGACUUUCCCGGCAUCAGAUAACUUGCGGAACCGGAAGUCUUAUAGAUUCCGCGAAAUUUUGAUCUAUUGGCUCAUAUGGUCAUUUAUUAAAUAAAAUAUGAAGUUAAUCGUUCUAAUCCUUUCCACUUUUAUUAAAAUCACGGUUUACAUAGUCACCCGCUUUUCUCAUAUCAGUGUUGUGAUGCGGUGUAGGAUAACAAAUACCGUGGCGUAGGUUAAGAGUAUUGUAUUCUUAUUCGGACAUUUGUCUGAAGCGUGCUGCUGUACACAACUGUCUUAAGUACUAGCUACUAUCAUCUUCUGCUCCACUCCACCAUUAUUAUUAUUUUUACCCAUUCGUCUCUUCCUCUCUGCAGAAGAGAUUUCUAAGGAUUUCAAAAAAGAGCUUCAAAAAACAGAAAAAAUGGGAAAAACAAAUGAAAACCAACAGUUAGAUUUCCGCUCAAUCUACGAUGAUGCUUGGUACACAGUAGAUAGACUCGUCAUAAGCAAGAAAAACACCGUUCUUACAGUAAAGUUCUUUGGGUUUGAUGAAGACGAUGAUGAGAAAUUCACUGUCAAAGAUUUUAAAACAGUGAAUGAGUUGGAUCAGUUUUUGAACAGGUUUCGUCCAGCUUGUCUUCAGGUACAAGAUGGAGAGUGUUAUGAUAUGAGACGUGGAUCGAAUGUCUGUGCUGUACUUGAACAAAGUAAAAAUGAUCAUAAGUUUUACAAUGGUGUCAUUGAAUCGGUGAGUUGACUAUAUCACUGAUUUAUUAUAAGUGUGUAGUUCUUUCAUUUUCUUUGUACUGUAUGUAUAUGUGGUUUAAGUUGGGGUCUAUUGGUGGUGGUGAGUCAGUGAAUGUUAUUGAAUCUUUGGGUGAGUUGGU